CGCGCGGUGAUUGGGUGGAAGAUGGCGCUGGGCGAAUGGAAAUCCUAAUGACAGUUUCCAAAUUUGCCUCUUUUUGUACCAUGGGCGCCAAUGCCUCCGCUUUGGAAAAGGAGAUUGGCUCUGAACAGUUCCCUGUCAACGAGCACUACUUUGGUUUGGUCAACUUUGGGAACACCUGCUACUGCAACUCGGUGCUGCAGGCGCUGUAUUUCUGCCGUCCGUUCCGGGAGAAGAUCUUGGCGUACCGCAGCCAGCCGCGCCGCAAGGAGAACCUGCUGAGCUGCCUGGCCGACCUCUUCCACAGCAUCGCCAACCAGAAGAGGAAGGUGGGCGUCAUCCCGCCCAAGAAGUUCAUCACGCGACUACGCAAAGAGAAUGAGCUGUUUGAUAACUACAUGCAGCAGGACGCCCACGAGUUCCUCAACUACCUGCUGAACACCAUCGCAGAUCUGCUGCAGGAGGAGCGUAAGCAGGACAAGCAGGCUAACGGUCGCCUUGCCAACGGGACGCUGGACUCCCAGAACAACAACAGCAGCGGCAGCAGCAGCAAUAGCUCCGCCUCCAGUAACCCUCCGCCCGCUCCCACCUGGGUACACGAGAUCUUCCAGGGGACGCUCACCAACGAGACACGCUGCCUCACCUGCGAGACGAUAAGCAGCAAAGACGAAGACUUCCUGGACUUAUCCGUCGACGUGGAGCAGAACACCUCUAUAACUCACUGUUUAAGGGGCUUUAGCAACACGGAGACGCUGUGCAGCGAAUACAAAUACUACUGCGAGGAAUGCAGAAGCAAGCAGGAGGCGCACAAAAGGAUGCGUGUUAAGAAGCUGCCCAUGAUCCUGGCGCUGCACCUGAAGAGGUUCAAGUACAUGGAGCAGCUGCAGCGCUACACCAAGCUGUCGUACCGCGUCGUCUUCCCGCUCGAGCUGCGGCUCUUCAACACGUCCGGAGACGCCACCAACCCCGAGCGCCUCUACGACCUCGUCGCCGUCGUGGUGCAUUGUGGGAGUGGGCCUAAUCGAGGCCACUACAUCGCUAUCGUGAAGAGCCACGACUUCUGGCUGCUGUUUGAUGAUGACAUCGUAGAGAAAAUCGAUGCCCAGGCUAUUGAGGAGUUCUACGGCCUCACGUCAGAAAUCUCCAAGAACUCUGAGUCGGGCUACAUCCUCUUCUACCAGUCUAGAGACUGAGGCAGCACGUCUGUGGCUGUUAUUUAAGGAAGGGAAGGGAGGGGAGGGGAGCGGUGGGGAGAGGACGAGGAGGAGGAGGGGCACGAGGGUUUUGCGUCUCGCCCCGACGGCCCCAUCAAGGAAGACCUGCAGCAGUCCCAAGUUGAAAACACACAUCGUACCGUAGGUCCUGUCGGGCUGAAACACACAUCGUACCGUAGGUCCUGUCGGGCUGAAACACACAUCGUACCGUAGGUCCUGUCGGGCUGAAACACACAUCGUACCGUAGGUCCUGUCGGGCUGAAACACACAUCGUACCGUAGGUCCUGUCGGGCUGAAACACACAUCGUACCGUAGGUCCCGUCGGGCUGAAACACACAUUGUACCGUAGGUCCCGUCUGGCCGCAUCCAUGCACCCUGCAGUGCCCUUCCCCUUUAGACAGACAGGCAGACAGACAGACAGACAUCGCAGCUCUGCCAAUCAGCAAGUCCUGCUGGCCACUUUGUCCUGGUGUGUGGCCUUCAGAUCGGAUGCACUGAUGCCUCACCACCUAAAGGAGGCUUUGAAAAGCGGAUGUUUUUUACGUUCUCAGUGACAGUGGAGGGUUUUUUUCUCGCAAGGUCAUAUGUACAGGGUUUUGUUGUGUGAAUGUCAAACAUCAGGGGGUGCGGAUGUAAAUUGAGGACGUUUCAUCCCUUGAAGCUUUUUUUGUUUUUUUUUGUUUGUGUCUUGUCUGUCUGUCUGUUUGUUUGUUUGUUUGUUUGUUUGUUUUGUCGGUUUCCCCAGGGGCAAACUGGAGUCCCCAGUAUGUGUCAUGAUCUUUUUCAGAUGACGAUGACAAUGUCAGGUGUCUGCACUUGUUUUGUUUCUCUCACGCUGCAAACCCGCGAACGCCCGACGCCUGAGGCCUUCCGUAGACCGCUGGGCUGUGCAUG